GUACCUGCUGUAGCCGAGGUGAUUUGGGGUGGUUUUUUGGCUUUUGAUUUUUAAUUGAUUACAUCUGUGCCCCUAGUUUCUCGCCUGUGAACUACAGUUUCCUUCUCUGCACCCCCGCCGGGAGACCUGCGCAGGGAUCCCCGAUUUAUCGAUGUUAUCGCAGCCUUUCAUUCAUUCCCAGAUCACUGGUGUGAGGCUGCCCAGGACUAGCAGGAGCAGAAAUAGUUUGCUCCUUUAUUGACCUUCUGCCUCCCUCCCCCAGAUCCAAGAGUGAUUUUGAGAAAAUGGCUUAUGGAUGGCCGCAGUUUGCACUUGUUACCAUGCACUCUAAUAAAUAGGUCGCUGGAUUUUAAGUGGAGAGUCCAUUUAAAGUUGUGGUUUCUCAAGCUAUAUUUGGGCCACAUUUUAAAAUCCCUUGUGAGUCAGUAGAGUAUGUCUGUAUCUCUAGGGCUGAGAGAACCUGACCGGUUAUUACUCGAAAAUAUUGCAGUUAUAGCAGUCCAUAAAAGUACAAGAGGAAAAAAAAAUCAAGGUCAUUGUGGGUGGGUCAUAAAUCAUAGUGUAAAGUUACAGCCUAAACGACGACUAAGGAUAAUUAAGCGCCAAGUUAAAAAAGAUGAUGUGUCAGAUGGAUCGUCAGCCUAGGAGGCUAAUAUGUGAGAUUUGAUUCCGUGAUGUCGGUGAUGCUGCUGACUUAGAAAAGUGGUCAUCCCGUCGUAAAGGCUAUGGUACAGUGUAGCUCUCGUAACUGAAGAUGUGAAGUAGGAGUUUUCCAUGAGUCUAAGCCAAUUCUCAUGGAGAACUGUUAUUGAGGAGAGAUCCAUUUGUUGGGAUGUAAUUAAAAAAGGAAUGAAUCAAGAUAAAACCUCUAAAUGCAAGCACCAGAAAAAUUACAACACAUCUUGGUGAAUUUGCAAGUGGAUCGCCUUUCCUUGUGGGUUGGCACGCAGUUGUAGGACUGCAAAAUGGGUCUCCGGAUUCACUUUGUUGUUGACCCACAUGGUUGGUGCUGCAUGGGUUUGAUUGUCUUUGUCUGGUUAUACAAUAUUGUUUUAAUUCCCAAAAUUGUCCUCUUUCCUCACUAUGAAGAAGGACAUAUUCCAGGCAUAUUAAUAAUAAUAUUCUAUGGCAUUGCCAUAUUUUGUCUGGUUGCUUUAGUGAGGGCCUCAUUUACUGAUCCAGGAAGACUCCCCGAGAACCCUAAGAUUCCACAUGGAGAACGGGAGUUCUGGGAAUUAUGUAACAAAUGCAAUUUGAUGAGACCAAAGCGUUCCCAUCACUGUAGCCGCUGCGGCCACUGUGUUAGGAGAAUGGAUCAUCACUGUCCGUGGAUUAACAACUGUGUUGGUGAAGAUAAUCAUUGGCUUUUUCUGCAGUUGUGUUUCUACACGGAACUUCUUACUUCCUACGCACUGAUGUUUUCUUUCUGCCACUAUUAUUACUUUCUUCCAGUAAAAAAGCGUAACUUGGACCUCUUUGUUGUUAGACAUGAAUUGGCCAUAAUGAGACUAGCUGCCUUUAUGGGCAUUACUAUGUUAGUUGGAAUAACUGGACUUUUUUAUACUCAACUAAUUGGCAUCAUAACAGAUACAACAUCUAUUGAAAAGAUGUCAAACUGUUGUGAAGAAAUAUCGAGGCCUCGAAAGCCAUGGCAGCAGACCUUCUCAGAAGUUUUUGGCACUCGCUGGAAGAUCCUGUGGUUUAUUCCUUUCAGGCAGAGGCAACCACUGCGAGUUCCCUACCACUUUGCCAAUCACGUCUAAACAGAUGGAUGGUGGGCACAGAUGGGUCCUCCAUGCUGGAAAUGCGUUACAGGUUUUCUGAUAAUAGAACUAUGACAGUCUUCAAGUCAAUUAAAAUCCACCCACCAAUCUUAGGCAUCAUAAUGUGCCCCAGGCUUUAUUUUAAUAGUGAUCUUGAUCCUGUUGUGGGACUAAUACGAGAUCUAUAUUUAAGUUUUAAAGCAUGUUUACUUUCAAAUUAGCUUUCCACAGGGAUUUCUUUAAAUGCUUUUGUGAUUAGACCCCAAAGGCAGUGAUUGAGAUAAAAUAAUUGUACAUAAUUUUUUUUAGUACUGACAAUGUUAUAGAUUUUAAUUUAUGGGAAAUUUCAGAUGUUUAUUUAAAUUUUUCACUCUUAAGCAGUACUAACCAAAUCUGAAUUUAAUUCUUCGGGUUUAUAAAAGUUGAUACACCUUAUAUUAUAUGUAAAUUUUCUUUUUCAAAUGCAUCAUAAUUUAAAUAGCAAUACUGCCUUUUGUAUGUGCUGCAGGAUUUUUUUAAUGCAGCAUAGAAUUGAACAACAACAAAAAAACCCAAAAACAACAAUAGGAAAAGGGCAGUGUUUUCUUAGAAGUAGCUCUCUAAUGUUCUCUGUUUUUCUCUUUGCUAAAAACAAAAUAAAAACACCAGUAAAAACACCAACUACCUACCUUAUUUUAAAGGAAAGAUUAAUUUUUUCCAUAUUAACUUUCCCACUUCUUUUCCCUACUGACGUAAUUAUUGGUUGUUGUUAAAAUGAUUGCUCCAAGGCAGAAUUUUUGACCACACAGCAUGUAUUCUGUUUUACCCUAAGAUUUUGAUGAGUAAAAAGGGUAGAGAAUUUGCAAUAAUUCCAUAGGUACCUUUUCUAGUACAAUUAUAUUGGAAUGCAUAUGUUUUUAAAAUGCUAGUGGACCAGAUAAUAUAUAAUGUACAGUGUAAAGAGGAAUAUUGUGCUUUUGAAAAACAUAUAUAUAUAUGUAUACUUUUUACUUUUAUUUACCUACUAGUAGAUCUAAAAUUACACAUUGAAGGUUUACAUGUAAUAGAUAUUGGCCAACUAAUAAUGAAAUUUUAUUUAUAGGAAGUUGCUAGUAAAAAUAAGUAACUUUUGUGUACCUAUUAUCACCCAAAUUGAAAUGAAAUUUUAAUCAGCCAACUAUAAAUUUGCAUUGAGAGGCCUUUUGUUAGUAGCUAACGGUAAGAAAUGACCUUAAUAUAAGAAAACAUAAUGAUCUCUAUUUAUCAUUAGCUUAUACAGAUUUAAAUUGCUAAUGGUCACGUGACGGUCUCUUGGAAAGCAUAGAAGAUUUGUGUGAAAAGACAUUUAGCAUGCUUUGAAAAAAAAUUCAGCUUUUACAUUUUUUUCCAUUAGAAUACUGCAAAAUCCAUGUAUCUUUUUAGAAAACGUAUGUCCUCACAGCCUUUGCCUUGAAGAGAAGAUUGAAGGGGUCCUCUGUUCUUGGAGCGUAUCCAUAUUUUCCUUUUAGUUAGUUUUGAGAGUCAGGAGUCACACCUGAGAAGUCAUGAAACCGAAGAUUUCCAUUGUCAGCCAAUUAACUAUGCUGUAGUUAGUUCUUUCAGGAAUUGUAAAUAUCUUCUAAAAUAAUUGAAUAAGCUGUUCUCAGAGAUAUAAAUACCAUGUCUUUCA